GCAUCCCCGCGGGCAGGCAGCGCGGCGGGCAGCUGCGCGCGGACACUGCGGGAGGCCCCCGCGGCGCCGCCCGCCCUGCGCGGGCCGGUGGCGGUGCCGGGACCGGGAUCAGAGCCGGGAGCAGCACCGGGAGCGGGGCGGGGAUGCGGCUGCGGUGCGAGGUGGAGGUGCUGAGCCAGCUCCUGCCCAGCUGCGGGCUGCAGGGCCGCGGCCGCGCGGCGCGGGCGCUGGUGUCGCUGGGGCGGCCGCCGGGCGGUGGCGGUGGCGGUGUUUACCUGAUGGUGUGCACGGCGCGGGACCGCACCGGGGCCCGCUACAAGGUGCAGCAGAACGUGGAGCGGCUCUUCACGAGGUUCGUGGAGCAGGGAAAGGCCACGGUGCGGCUGCGGGAGCCCGCGGUGGAUCUGCGCCUCAGCAAGGCAAAUGCCAGCGAUUUAAAGACUUUCCUUUCAGCCCUGAGACUGGCUCACCAAGGCACCGACGCCGGAGUUCUCCCUCUCUCCCCUCUGGUCCCGGCAAAGAACUCGGAAGUGGAAAAACCCAAGACGAAAAUGAUCAUAACUUCCAGGAGGGACUAUCCCCUCACCAAGAGCUUCCCUUACUCCCUGGAACACCUGCAGACCUCCUACUGCAAACUGGCCCGGGUCGACACGCGCGUGCUCUGCCUGAAGAAGCUCCGGAAGCUGGACCUGAGCCACAACCACAUCAAGCAGCUGCCGGCGACCCUCGGGGACCUGGUGUGUCUGCAGGAGCUGGACCUGCACGACAACCACCUGGAGUCCUUCAGCGGGGCCCUGUGCUGCUCCAGCCUGCAGAAAUCCCUGCAGUUCCUGGACCUGAGCCAGAACCGGCUCCGAGCGCUGCCCCUGGAGUUCUGUGAGCUGCGGGGGCUGGUCAACGUGAAGCUGGAUGACAACGAGCUGGUGCGGCUGCCCUGCAGGGUCGGGCAGCUCGGCCGCCUGCGCUUCCUGUCGGCCGCGCGCAACAAACUGCCCUUCCUGCCCAGCGACUUCAGGAGGCUCUCUCUGGAGAACCUGGACCUCUUUGGGAAUCCUUUUGAGCAGCCCAACCCGCUGGUGCCCAACAUCCAGCUGAAAAUCCCAUUGACUUUGUUGGAGUGUGCUGCCAGAGCCACCAUAAAUCACAGAAUCCCUUACGGUUGCCAUCUCCUUCCUUCCCACCUGUGUGAGGAUCUGGGAGUGGCUAAAACCUGCCAGUGUGGAAGUGCCUGCCUGAGCAGCUUCAUCCAGAUCACGGUGACCAUGAACCUGCACCACGUGGCUCACACCGUGGUGCUCGUGGACAACAUGGGAGGGACGGACGCUCCCAUCCUCUGCUACUUCUGUUCCCUGCACUGCUAUUCCCAGUUCCUGGACAGGCACCUCCAGAGCAACGGGUGACCACUGCUGGGUGCCAAAGCUCUGCCCAACAGAGAUCAAACAGCCCUCUGGCAGUGAGGGGACACAUCAGCCCGACCCGGUGCCUGACUCUCCCUCCACCACUGGAAUGUCCCUGUGGUCGGAAUGACGAGCGAUGCGGAGCUCCAACGAACCUUCCCUAGAAUGUAUUUGGCUUUCCUUUCCCUGUUCCCAGGCUUUGCUCGGAGCGUCGCGGCAGCUUUCCGAGUUUUGUGGAGUAAGGGGUUCCUUCUUGGGAGUUUAUCCCACACUUACUUGUCCCUGAGCUCUGCCCAUGGACAGUGUCUGCGUUGGCUUCCUCGCUGGACUCGGCUCUUUCCAGCUGUUUUACACGGAGGAGAAAUUAAGGCCCAAACCGGUUAUGUAAUUCCAGGUGCUUCUUUUUUUUUUAAGGGUUCUCUUACAACAUUCCCACUUCCAGCAGGGACCAGCAUUGCUGGUUUUUUACCAGAGCAAAUGGUGUUUUUUGGGGGUUUAUCUCUUUGUGAUACGAGAAAUGUCUUUUUUUUUCUAAGUAUGUGCCGGAAACUUUGUUUCUUAACUCUCGUGUUUUAACGAUUCUUGAAUUUGUUUCACCGUGUCGACUUAUUAAAUUUUGAAACCCUUCUA